AUGUUGCGAAAGGGGGAGUGGGUGUGGGUAGACUCAGACAUCGGGGUACCCAUUGGAGCCAGGGUCAAAGUGACACCAUCUGGUCAGAGGUUACUGGUGGACGAUGAUGGGAAGGAGCAGAGUCUGUCUAAGGAGCAGGAAGCCUCUCUCAGGAUCAUGCACCCUACGUCAGUGGAGGGUGUGGAGGACAUGAUCAAACUGGGGGACAUGAAUGAGGCCGGACUCCUGCGAAACCUGCUGCUCAGACACAAACAAGGACUCAUCUAUACCUACACAGGCUCAGUGCUGGUGGCAGUGAACCCAUACCAGGAUUUUCCAAUGUAUUCAUCUGACCAGGUGAAGUUGUACCAAGGUCGAAAACUUGGGGAACUCCCGCCGCACAUCUUUGCCAUCGCUGAAUCCUGCUACUUUAACAUGAGGCGUCAUCACAAUAACCAGUGCUGCAUCAUCAGCGGGGAGUCCGGAGCAGGGAAAACAGAGAGCACGAAGCUGAUCCUGCAGUACUUGGCAGCAGUCAGCGGGGAGCUCUCUGAGCAACAGAUUGAACAGCAGCUCCUGGAGUCAAACCCAAUACUGGAAGCUUUUGGAAAUGCUAAAACAAUCCGCAAUGACAACUCCAGUCGCUUUGGGAAAUACUUGGAGAUCUUCUUCAAUAAGCACGGGGUGAUUGAAGGUGCUCGUGUGGAACAGUAUCUUCUGGAAAAGUCUCGCGUGUGUCAUCAGGCACUGCAGGAGAGAAACUACCACAUAUUUUACUGCAUGCUGGCAGGAAUAACAUCACAGGAGAAGAAAACUCUGAGCCUCCGAGAUGCAAAGGAGUAUAGAUUCCUCACUAAGGGUGACUGCAUCUUGUGUGAGGGCAGGGAUGAUGUCAAAGACUACGGCCGUAUUCGUUCUGCCAUGAAAAUCCUGACCUUCUCAGACAGCCAGUGUGAGGAAAUCCUCCAGCUGCUGGCCGCCAUAUUACACCUGGGAAACGUCUCCUUCGAGGCCACCACACAAAACAACUUGGAGACCAGUGAUGUCAGCAAGUCAGAACAUUUCAGCAUGGCAGCAUUGCUACUAAAGGUCCAGAAGUCUUCCCUGGCGAAGAGUUUGACCCACCGUUCGUUUAUGACCAACAAAGAGAGGAUUACUAAACCCCUGAGCCCCGAGCAGGCCUCUGACUGUAGAGACGCCUUUGUCAAGGCAAUCUAUGAUAAGCUGUUCAUAUGGAUCGUUGGGAAAAUCAACAGUGUCAUCUAUAAGAAGUUGACCAACACCCCUAAAUCCAGCUAUCUGUCCAUCGGCUUGCUUGACAUCUUCGGCUUUGAGAAUUUCCACACAAACAGUUUUGAGCAGCUGUGCAUUAAUUUUGCCAAUGAGAAGCUGCAACAGUUCUUUGUGCGACACAUCUUCAAGCUGGAGCAGGAGGAGUACCUGAAAGAGGACAUUGUAUGGAAUAACAUCAAAUUUAGUGACAACCAGAACAUCCUGGACCUUCUGGCUGGGAAAACCUGUAACCUGCUGGCACUGAUUGAUGAGGAGAGCCACUUUCCAAAGGGCUCGGAUGUGACUUUGCUGAACAAGAUGAACCAGCAACACAGUGGAAACAAGAACUACCUGGCCUCAAGAAGUGAACAUGACACAGACUUUGGGAUUUGCCACUUUGCAGGCGUGGUUUACUACAACUCCAAAGGUUUCCUGGAAAAGAACCGAGAUGCAGUGAGUUUUGACAUAAUCAAGACUGUUGACAUGUCCACUAACAAACUGCUUCGUCAGAUAUUUGAAAAUGAGCUUUCAAACAAUCCAGUGAAGAUGGCAAACAACAAGAGGGUCAUGAUAACACCUAAGAGCUCUCUACGGGCACAGACCAACAACCGUAAACAAGUGCCAACGCUGAGCGGUCAGUUCCGUCAGUCUCUGGACUCCCUCAUGAAGGCUCUGUCCGUCUGCCAGCCUUUCUUCAUCCGCUGCUUCAAACCCAACAACGACAAGCAGUCUGAAGUGUUUGACCGAGAGCUGUGUAUGCGUCAGCUGAGAUACUCUGGCAUGAUGGACACCAUCCGCAUCCGUAAACUUGGAUACCCAAUUCGUCACACCUUUGUGGAAUUCCUGAGGCGUUACAGGGUGCUCCUGAAGACGACCGUCUGUGACCCCAGAACUGAGACAGCUGCUGCCUGUUGUGAAGCCAUCUGCAAGACAGUGAUUAAAGGAGAGGACGAGUGGAAACUAGGCAGGACCAAGAUUUUCCUGAAGGAUGCCCACGAUGCAGUCCUGGAACAAGCGAGGGAACAAGAGCUCAGCCGGGUGGCGGUGGUGAUCCAGAGGGUAAUGCUGGGAUACAAAGACAGAAAGUCUUUUCUGAAGAAGCGAAGGGCAGCCGUGGUGUUGCAGCAGCACUGGAGAGCUUUCAGAGCAUAUAAAAAGCUCAAGCAUGGCUGUGAACGGCUGGUGUCAAAGGUCCGUGGUCGGAAGCUCCAGUCACAUUACCAAAGACAGCGGGCAGCAGCACUCACCAUACAGACGCAGGUACGAGGCUACUGGGCAAGAAAGGAAAGCAAGCAAAAGAGAGAGGCAAUCGUGCUGUUGCAGGCUUGCACUAAAGGACUUCUGGCCAGAAGGGCAGCUGUAAAAAGGAGAAAUGAUGCCUUAGCUUUAUGCCUGGAGGAACAGAACCAUGACCAAAUAGCUUUUGAGCUUCAGCAACGACUAGAAGAAGUUAUUGCCCACGCACAGCAAGCUGAUGAGGAACCUGAGCCAAUCACUGAACAGGAUUCAGAGACGAACUCGUGCAAUCUCGAGCCUGCACCUUUUCUAGAAGUAGUGGAACAAAAAACAUCUGAAUCAGACGACUUUGAGAAGAUACAGAGCACCUCAGUUGAUACCUCAGAGCUGGACUCGGAAAUCAUCGCUCCAGCCUUGGCAUCAGCAACUUCUAGCUUGUCGCUGGAAGAGGAAGAUGACGAGUUUGAUGAUGACGGCGAUGAGUUUUCAUUCUACAAGUUCAGCACCCUUCACUUCCAGGGCAACGCUACCCACACGCACAUCACCCAGAGACUCCAGCAUUCUCUUCUGCCCCAUGAUGAUGAGGGUGAUGCACUGGCCUGUCUGACUGUAUGGUGGAUUAUUUUGCGGUUUAUGGGGGACAUACCAGAACCAAAAUCUGUGGCAGUGUCUGAAGUGUCCAGCAACAGCUCACGUCAUCUACCUCAAAGGCAGGGCAGGAGGCUGAGCCACCUGGUGGGACUGGACGAGAAAAUGAGGAAGAACAAGAAAAAACUUGGUGGCAACAGAAGAGCCUCUGCUAUUCCUGAGGAGGUCAGCACUUAUGUCAUUCAAUUAUUAUUUCUGUGUUGCAUAAUGUGUACAGCUGAUGAGGAUUCUUGUUGUUUUCAUUUCAACCAGCCAGAGAAUGUGACAGAAGAUGGGGACAUCAUGAUAGGAGAAGGUCCAAUGCUGGAUCGGCCGAUGUCAUCCCUGGAAAAACUGCACAUUAUCACUGGCUAUGCUCUGUCAAGACAGGACAUACGGGAUGAGAUUUACUGUCAGAUCUGCAAACAGCUGGUGAACAACAGGAACAGGAGCAGCCGUAUGCAGGGCUGGACCCUUCUCUCCAUUUGUCUUGGGAUCUUCCCCCCAACCGACCUCUUCAUGAAGUGUUUGGAGAAUUUUGUCCGCAGAGGGCCAGAUGGUUACGGAGCAUAUUGUACCGAGAAGCUGCGCCGUGUAAUAGCCAAUGGACAAAGAAAAGAAUUGCCUUGUUGGAUAGAGCUACAGGUAAAAACAUUGGACUCCAGUUUUUGUUUUGCUGUUAUGGUGUUUGUCUGCAACUUCAUGACAGUAUUUAUUUAUUUAUUGGCCAGAUAUGCACCUGUGACUCUGACGGACGGCCGUACUCUCAGUCUAAAUCUGGAUUCAUCCUCCACGUCAGCUGAAGUCUGUCAAGCUGUGGCAGACAAGAUCGAUCUCAAAGACACCUAUGGAUUCUCUUUGUACAUCGGCUUCAAUGAUAAGAUCUGGAGCCUGGGCAGCUGUGGAAAGCACGUGUUGGAUGUAGUGUCACAGUGCGAGCAGGAGAUGAGAAGGCAGGGCCAGGAGGAGAAGAAAGCCCCCUGGAGACUCUUCAUCCGCAAGGAGCUGUUCAAACCUUGGCAUGACUGCUCAGUGGACCCAGUCAGCACUCAUCUAAUCUACAGGCAAAUCAUCACAGGAAUCAAGUUGGGAGAGUACACCAGUGAGAAGGAGGAUGACUAUGUCCAGCUGGCAGCGAGGCACUAUUACAUCCAGUUUGGUUCUGCAUACAACAAAGAGAGCGUCCAAAGGGUGGUUGAGGAGUGCAUUGCCACCCCCCUUAUUGAGAGCAAAUCGAUGACAAAAUGGAUGCAACUCAUCAGCUCAGAAGUCUUGCAGGGUCCUUAUGUCAAUGGGAGGCAGAGUGCGGAAAGCGUAAAAGGAGAACUGGUCGACAGCAUCCAACAGAAAUGGCCACACUACUUCUCCAGGUUUUAUGAGGUUACAAUGACGGCAGGUCCGCCUUUGUCCAAAAGCAGGUUUGUCGUGGCUGUAAACUGGAGCGGCAUCCUCUUCAUGGAUGAAAGAGAGAAAAGACUCCUUGAGCUUUCCUACCUAGAAAUAAAGGAUGUCCACAUAGUCAGUGAUAGUCACGUCAGUGUCCAGUCUGUGAGUUUGGUUACACUUCAAGAAGAGUUUGUCCUGAAGGCUAGGGAAGCUGCAGAAAUGGCUGCACUUAUAGAAACCAACCUGGAAGGCCUGAGGCAGCGGUCAGUGUAUGCACUAGUUCAACAGGAUGCCAAUGACCCCAGGUUCCUGAUUUGUAAACAAGGUGACCUGCUGCUGGUGGAGAAAGAUGGACCAUAUUCCCCUGAGGAGAACUUGAUCACAGCUACUAACCAGCGGACCAGCAGCACUGGUUCAAUCUAUAAGGAUACAGUGCAGUAUCUGCCCACUCUCACUAGGCCCACUGAAGAAGUGCUGGACCUGCUCAGGCCACGCACAAAGAAGACUUCAACCCAAGAGAACUCCCGACCACCAGAGACAGUGGCUCCUGUCUCUUUGAAAGAGUUUGCACAAGAGAACUUCAGGGCUCCAGGUAAUGUGGGUCGUCAGGGUGCAUUCAAAGGAGUGGGCAAGGAGAAGCUGUGGGCUUGUUCCAAAGAACCUCUCAAACAGCCACUGUUGAAGAGUCUGGUCCGCAACUCUGACCUCAGCUAUUUAGCCUGCAAUGCCUACAUUGCUAUCCUGAAGUACAUGGGCGACUACCCCAUUAAAAACAUUCGCAGUCCUGUAGAGCUGACUGACCAGAUCUUUGGUCCAGCCACCCAGCAUAAAGCUCUGCAGGAUGAGAUCUACUGCCAGAUUAUGAGACAGAUGACCAGCAACAACAACAGGUUGAGUAUGGAGCGUGGGUGGCAGCUGAUGUGGCUGUGUUCAGGCCUGUUCCCGCCCAGUUCCAACUUGAUGAGACACACUCGGCACUUCCUGGAGUCACGGCCCAGGGACCCGCUGGCUGCCGUGUGCCUACAGAAGCUGCAGGAGAUGUGCAGUAAGGAGCCCCGGAUGUUUCCUCCCCAUGUGGUCGAAGUGGAUGCCAUCCAACAGAACAGCACCCAGAUCUUUCAUAAAGUCCACUUCCCAAAUGACACAGAUGAUAUAUUCGAGGUGACAUCAACGACCACAAUCAAAGACCUGUGUUGCAGCAUCGCCUCUCAACUCAAACUGAGCUUUGCUGAUGGAUAUGGCCUGUACCUGAAAACACCUAACAAGGUCAUGAGCUUGGAUGAGCAGAAAUAUUUCUUUGACAGUUUACGGCAGACGUCAGACUUCCCUAAGAAAGCGAAAAGAGUGAAAGAAGGCAACCAGGCCAACAUGCCCUACCUGGUGAUCUUUAAGAGGAAGCUCUGGUUCAAUAUGACCCCAGGAAAAGACCAGGUCGCAGACCUCAUCUUCCAUUUCCCACAGGAGCUGCCGAAGUACCUGCGGGGAUACCACAAUUGCACCAAAGAGGACUUGAUCAUCUUGGGUGGACUGCUGUUCAGAGUCAAAGUAGAUUCAGACAGGUCACAGUUUGUCAUGAUUCCCAGAAUGCUGAGGGAGCUGGUUCCUACUGACCAGAUAAAAAUCAUGUCAUCAGAAGAAUGGAAGAAGCACAUCAUCUCGUCCUACAACAAGCAGAGUGGUAUCACAGUGCAGGAGGCCAAAACUGCCUUCCUGAAGGCCAUUUCAAGUUGGCCGACCUUUGGCUGCACCUUCUUUGAAGUUAAACAAACGUAUGAGUCUAGCUACCCAAACAGAGUUUUGAUUGCCAUCAGCAAAAAUGGUGUCAGCCUAAUAGACCCAGCAACAAAGGAAGUGCUUGUCAUGCACCUAUUCAAAAACAUCAUGGAGUACCACAGCCAUGGCAGCUUCUUCCAGAUGACCAUCAGAACCCCACUGAGGGGAAACAGCUUUGUCUGUGAAACCUCACAGGCUCAAACAAUAGAGGAUCUGAUUAGGUCAUACGUCGUCAUGUAUGAGAGGCAGAGGGAGCUGUCUCAACCAAGGAACCACAUGUUCUCCAGAGGCCUCAACGACAAUGGAAUUACAGACUCUCUUGCUGGGAUUUCUAUGCACUCUUAAUCUAUAUCUUUAUAUCACUUAAUUUAAAUGACAAAAUUGUCCCUAAUACAGAUUAUCCUACUGAACAAGAUAGCGAUAUUCCCACUUCAGAGUGUAAUAUUUUUAUUUUUCAUUGUCUUGAUCACAGUACUUGACUUGUGUCACUGUGAGAAUGGUUGUGUGUCUACAACACUCACUGAGAUUCGUGUAUAAUAUUAAACAUGUACAACCCUGGGUUGUUCAUCUUCAGAUAUUUAACAGUGAUUUACUGACAAGUAUCAUAGGCCAAAUAUCAUUUUCCCAUUUUACUUGCAUUUAUUCAUUAAACUUACAAACAGCAGAUAGGGCAAUAAUAAAAUGGUUACACUUCACAUUACAUAAUAAUGAUAAGUAAGCCUUUGGGCUAAAAGAUACCAGAUGUGUUGCAGAAAAAUACUCAAACUAGACAAUUUAUGAUUUUACCUGAAGGUAAAAUCCUGUAUGAAGAAAUAUUCUGUCCUCAGCUCCAAUCAACUCUACAACUUUAUUGUAACUGUAUAAACAUUUGUGAUUUUAUUAUUCUAAACAACUGUGAAAAUGUCUUAGUUGAAGCAUUUUUCACUGAGAAAGUUAGUCCUGAAGCCUGGAAGACAAAAUAGAUCAGUACUAUCUUAACUAAUGCUUGUUAUGUUUAUCUUAUGGUCCUUAAAGGAAGUUUCUUCUACAUAUGUUGAUACCACUGACUGUAUGAAACAUGGACGUCAUAACAGCUCCCAGAAGUGGAUGGGACAUGAGCCAAAUUAAAAGUACAAAUCCGAUGCAUUUUUCCCAGAGGUCACUUCUGUGG